AGAACCACGUGACUGUCUCGGCGGCGGGGAUUCGCACCGGUUCUGCCGCCUGCACCUCUCCGCCGGUGAGUCCUCGCAGCGCCCCUGGGUCUCGCCAGCCGGGCCCCGCCUCCUCCGGAGGCCGAGCAAUGGGCGGGGAAAGGGACGGGCGGGUUUAGCUCUGUCGGCGCCGCUGUGUCCACCUCAGUCCUGCCACUGUGGAAGACGCGCACCGCGGCGCCUGGUCGCGUGGGGCGGCCCGGACCCAAGAGGAAGCUGAACCCCAUCUCCAGAAAUGUCUUCGGAAGGUAAAGAGCAACAUGACCUUUCACCCAGAGACUCAGCUGAAGGAAAUGAUCCCAGUUCUCCAUCUGGGAUCCAUCUGGAGCUUCAAAGGGAAUCAAGUACUGACAUGAAGCAAUUUGAGACCAAUGAUCAAUGCAGACCUUAUCCUAGGAUACUUAUUGAGCGUCAAGAGAAAUCAAAUACAAACUUCAAGCAGUUUGUUAUUAAAAAGCUGCAGAAGAAUUGCCAGUGCAGUCCAACCAAAGCCAAAAAUAUGAUUUUAGGUUUCCUUCCUGUUUUGCAGUGGCUCCCAAAAUACGACCUAAAGAAAAACAUUUUAGGGGAUGUGAUGUCAGGCUUGAUUGUGGGCAUUUUAUUGGUGCCCCAGUCCAUUGCUUAUUCCCUACUGGCUGGCCAAGAACCUGUCUAUGGUCUGUACACAUCUUUUUUUGCCAGCAUCAUUUAUUUCCUCUUGGGUACCUCCCGUCACAUCUCUGUGGGCAUUUUUGGAGUACUGUGCCUUAUGAUUGGUGAGACAGUUGACCGAGAACUACAGAAAGCAGGCUAUGACAAUGCCCAUAGUGCUCCUUCCUUGGGAAUGGUUUCAAAUGUGAGCACAUUAUUAAAUCAUACAUCAGACAGGAUAUGUGACAAAAGUUGCUAUGCAAUUAUGGUUGGCAGCACUGUAACCUUUAUGGCUGGAGUUUAUCAGGUAGCGAUGGGCUUCUUUCAAGUGGGUUUUGUUUCUGUCUACCUCUCAGAUGCCUUGCUGAGUGGAUUUGUCACUGGUGCCUCCUUCACUAUUCUUACAUCUCAGGCUAAGUAUCUCCUUGGGCUCAACCUUCCUCGGAGUAAUGGUGUGGGCUCACUCAUCACUACCUGGAUACAUAUCUUCAGAAACAUCCAUGAGACCAAUACCUGUGAUCUUAUCACCAGCCUUUUGUGCCUUUUGGUUCUUUUGCCAACCAAAGAACUCAAUGAGCACUUCAAGUCCAAGCUUAAGGCACCGAUUCCUGUUGAACUUGUUGUUGUUGUGGCAGCCACCUUGGCCUCUCAUUUUGGAAAGCUACAUGAGAAUUAUGAUUCUAGUAUUGCUGGACAUAUUCCUACUGGGUUUAUGCCACCCAGAGUACCAGAGUGGAACCUAAUUCCUAGUGUGGCUGUAGAUGCAAUCGCUAUUUCCAUCAUUGGUUUUGCUAUCACUGUAUCACUUUCUGAGAUGUUUGCCAAGAAACAUGGCUACACAGUCAGAGCGAACCAAGAAAUGUAUGCCAUUGGCUUUUGUAAUAUCAUCCCUUCCUUCUUCCACUGCUUUACUACUAGUGCAGCUCUUGCAAAGACAUUGGUUAAAGAAUCUACAGGCUGCCAAACUCAGCUUUCCGGUGUGGUAACAGCCCUGGUUCUUUUGUUGGUCCUCUUAGUAAUAGCUCCUUUAUUCUAUUCCCUUCAAAAAUGUGUCCUUGGUGUGAUCACAAUUGUAAAUCUACGGGGAGCCCUUCGUAAAUUUAGGGAUCUUCCCAAGAUGUGGAGUAUUAGUAGAAUGGAUACAGUUAUCUGGUUUGUUACUAUGCUUUCCUCUGCACUGCUGAGUACUGAAAUAGGACUGCUUGUUGGGGUUUGUUUUUCUAUGUUCUGUGUCAUCCUCCGCACUCAGAAGCCAAAGAUUUCAUUGCUUGGCUUGGUGGAAGGGUCUGAAGUCUUUGAAUCCUUGUCUGCUUAUAAGAACCUUCAAACUAAGCCAGGCAUCAAGAUUUUCCGCUUUGUAGCCCCUCUCUACUACAUAAACAAAGAAUGCUUUAAAUCUGCUUUAUACAAACAAACUGUCAACCCAGUUUUAAUAAAGGCAGCUUGGAAGAAGGCAGCAAAGAAAAAGGUCAAAGAGGAAGUAGUGACUCUCGGUGGAAUCCAGGAUGAAGUAUCAGUGCAACUUUCCCAUGAUCCCUUGGAGCUGAAUACUAUAGUGAUUGACUGCAGUGCAAUUCAAUUUUUAGAUACAGCAGGGAUCCAUACACUGAAAGAAGUUCGCAGAGAUUAUGAAGCCAUUGGAAUCCAAGUUCUGCUGGCUCAGUGUAAUCCCUCUGUGAGGGAUUCCCUAACCAAAGGAGAAUAUUGCCAAAAGGAAGAAGAAAACCUUCUCUUCUAUAGUGUGUAUGAAGCAAUGGCUUUUGCAGAAGCAUCUAAAAAUCAGAAAGGAAUAUCUGUCCCCAACGGUCUGAGUCUUAGCAGUGAUUAAUUGGGAAAGUAGAAGAAUGCCUAGCCAAUAGGUUAAAAUUUCAAGUGUCCAACAUUUCCCAUUUCCACAGUGGAAAAUUUUGCACACUUGAAAUUUUAACUAAGUAGCUAGAUAUUAUUCCUCCUUUGAAGCUAAUGGUGUUUGUUAUACAUACUGCAGCAGAGCUUGUAGCUGGACAGAGUCAAAAAGAAGAAAAUAUGGUUUCAAGCUUUCUUGCAGAUGUGAAGGAUUCCUGGAAUGCAAUAGGUAUGUAUUGAAUUGAACUGUAAAGUAGCUCCAAAACUUAAUUAGUAUACCGUUUUAGGGCAUAUUCCCUUCUGCAAGAGAUGAAGCGGUGAAGUUGAGAUUUGCAUUGGAAGUGCCAUAGUCUUCUUUAUGUGGCUCAGUGAAGAGGGAGAGAAAGAAGGCGGGGAAAGAAUGUUGCACCUGCUGUAGUACCAAUAGAUCCAGAGGCUUCCGGGUCACAAGGUCAUACUAGAUAGGUUUGUUCUUGUAGUUCUCUAUCCCCAGUCUUUGCUCCCCAGAUGGCAGUAGUUUUUAGUAGGAAAGUGCCAUUCCUCUCCGUAAGGCAGAGUCUCAUCAGGGGUUUAACACCUGGGCAGAUUAGUAACAUCCUGAGACCCAGCCUGUUAUUAGACAGAAUACCCUUUAUAAUACAUUUGACAUUUUUAGUCAUGCCUUUUUGUUUAGGGUAAAUAGGUAAGCACAAAGAACUCUUCAAAAUCAGAAAAAACAGUAGGAGUCUUUCCUGGUCUUUUCUGUGAUCUCUGUCCUUGUUUCUGAGACUUUCUCUACCAUUAAGCUCUAUUUUAGCUUUCAGUUAUUCUAGUGUGUUUCCCAUGGAAUAUGUCCUAAGCUGGUAUUUUUGUCAGUGACAAUCUUGCCAGUCAGCAGUUUCUAACAGCAUUUUAAAUGAGUUUGAUGUACAAUAAAUAUUGAUGACAAUGACAGUUUUUAACUCUUCGAGUCACCUAAAACUAUUAUGCAGGAGGAUUUAGAAGGAUCACAUUCACAAAACCCAAGUGCUGUGGAUGUAUUAUUCAUGAUAGCUGGCCACAGGUUAUAAAUUGAGGAAUAAUUUCCUUUCAAAAAGCAAGAAUGUCCAACAUUGAAAGUUUAUAGUUUUAUAUUUGGACCUUGACAGGUAACAAAAAACCAGGUUGUCCAAAGUUAGGAAUAGGGAACUAAUUUAUGAAACAGCCAU